AUGGAGACGUCGAGGCUACCGUUGUCGUCUUCGAUUAGAGGAAAGCUGAUAUCCGCCGGGUAUACAUCUCUGUCGUCGAUUUCAUCCGUCUCCUCCACCGAUCUCGCUCGAGAUGUAAACAUCACAGAGAGUGAAGCAUUUGAGAUUUUGAAGAUGGCAAAUCAAGUCACUUGCAGUGGAAGCUCUUCCCUCAUUAAUGGGGCAAAGAAUGCUUGGGAUAUGCUUAAUGAGGAGGAAGCUUUGCCACACAUUACUACUUCUUGUUCUGAUCUUGAUAAGAUAUUGGGUGGUGGAAUAAGCUGUAGUGAUGUUACAGAGAUUGGUGGUGUUCCGGGUAUUGGCAAGACUCAGAUUGGGAUCCAGCUCUCUGUGAAUGUUCAGAUUCCUCGUGAGUUUGGUGGUCUUGGAGGGAAAGCGAUAUACAUUGAUACUGAAGGUAGCUUCAUGGUGGAGCGUGCUUUACAGAUAGCAGAAGCUUGUGUGGAGGACAUGGAAGAAUACACUGGAUACAUGCACAAACAUUUUAAAGCAAGUCAAGUGCAAAUGAAACCCAAAGAUAUCUUAGAGAACAUAUUCUACUUCCGUGUUUGCAGUUACACUGAGCAGAUCGCAUUGGUCAAUCAUCUUGACAAGUUCAUCUCUGAAAACAAAGAUGUUAAAGUGGUAAUCGUAGACAGUAUCACGUUUCAUUUCCGUCAGGACUUUGAUGACUUAGCCCAGAGGACACGAGUGCUUAGUGAAAUGGCUUUGAAGUUUAUGAAGCUUGCCAAAAAGUUCUCACUUGCUGUUGUGUUAUUAAACCAGGUGACCACAAAGUACACCGAAGGCUCGUUUCAGUUAGCUCUUGCGUUAGGUGAUAGCUGGUCUCAUUCGUGCACCAACCGAGUGAUUCUGUAUUGGAACGGUGAUGAGCGUUAUGCGUAUAUCGACAAGUCGCCUUCACUUCCUUCAGCUUCCGCCUCAUACACUGUAACUAGUAGAGGUCUAAGAAACUCCUCAUCAAGCAGCAAGCGUGUCAAGAUGAUGUGA